AGAUCUGCUCGAAAUUGACCGGCGAGUUUGGCUAACACAAGUCAAAUCAGUCAUGCUAGCAAAACGUGCACAAUCCAAGAUUACUACAGCCAUGGAAAUAACUGAAGAUAGUGAGCAGCUCGAUUAUGAAAAUCUUGUCAAUGAACGUUUACAAGAAAUCACCCACAAAUUUCAACUGUACAAUAAAUAUUUGAAUGACAAGAAAAGUCAAUUGAUUGGAUAUACAUCAACUGUGGAAGAAGCCAUUGUUCGACAUGUCCAAAACUACGGUAUUAUUCUACUUCAAAUGAAAAGUGAUCUUAAAAUAGCUUUACUAAAACAUGAUUAUAAUGCUAUUAUACUUCAAAGAAAAUAUGAACAAGGAAAACCAAAUGAGUAUCAAUUCGAAAUUGCCGAGCGACUAUGUGCAGCCAAGUAUGAACUUGAAAAAUCGAAGCGUGAAUUGAUGGAAUUAAAACAGAAAGUCUUCUAUCAAAAAUUACCUGCUUUCAUCAAUGAUAUCGAUCCAUCACUAUCGUUCACUAUUGAUCCUACAACAACUUCGAAUUCACAUUUAUUAUUCAACGAUAAACAUGAAAACCUAUUUCAACGAAAGAAACUUGAUGUACUUGCUCCACAUAUAGCGAAAGCUGAAACGAAAUAUUACCAAGCUGACAACAGCUUCGAUUCAGAAUAUAUGAAAAUGCUCAAUAAUCAUCGGAAUCUUGUACGGAACAAAGGAAUGACUACAGGAUUAAGUAGCGUAUUAGAACAUCGUCCUGCCACUAUUACUGAUCGGUUUCGAGAUAUUUAUUAUUAUCGAAUUAACUUCUUUCUUCGAAGUUCUUAUGGAGAUUUGGACAAUAUGUACACUCCAACCAAAACUAAACACAAUGUCAAUAUCAACGGAUCCUUAUCAAAUCUAAUCAGUGAUACUAAACAUCUAUUAAAUCAAAAACAGAUACAACUACUUAGUCGCGGACCAACUUAUGUUCCACCAUGCCAAUCUCGACUUCCGUCUUCAUCAAAAUCGAUCACACGAACAGAUAUUGUGAAGAAACAAUAUGCACCAUUGAAACAUCAACUGGCUAGUCUCUUCUCAAAACAUCGUCUACAAAUUGCUCUAUCAUGGGGCAUUCAUAGAGAUAUCCAUCAAAAGUUUAUUGAUCUCUUUGACAUUCCAGUGCCGCAUCAUGCUCAACAACGCGCCAUCGACGAAAUGACAUUAGUUCGAUCGAUACAAUCUACUUUGAAAAGCGAUAAUCUCAUUCUACGACGAACAGCUGACAAUCAGAAUACAUUUUACUUAACAAGCUAUCCAGAUUUUCAAGCGAAAGUCAACGAAAUUCUUUCGCAAUCAUCAGAUAUAUAUGAAUUCAUUGUUACUAUCGGCAAAAAAAGUACUGAAGAAGGAGACGACGACGACGGCGACGACGGCGAUGAUGAAAAACAAUUACCAAAAGAUUCUCAAUAUUUAUUGAGAGAACGAAUUGAAGGAAUCAAUUUUGCAUUAGAAACCUUGAAAAAACGGAAAGCAUUGCCAGAUGCAGCGAUCAACAAAUUAUUUAUUGACCUGAACAAAGUCAAAUUUCCAUAUUUGUAUUUUUUACCUGAUGUUUCCAAAGACAACGAACUAACACUUGCACCGACGAUAAUAGCGCAUCAAAGCAUGACAUCGAAUAUUGCUAGAUAUGUUGAUAAAUUGAUUCGACCAUUUGCUGAUGAAAAAGUGAAACAUUUGACAUUUUCCAAUGAAGCUGAUUUCAUGAAAAAACUAAUGUAUUAUGCAUAUGAACAACAUCGUUUAAAGCCAACGACUCUCUUUUGUACAAUACAGAUUACUAACUUCUACUCACUGGAUACACACGAAACAAUGAUUGAGACAAUUACUUCUUUUCUUCGGGACAAAUCAGCAUACAAUACGAUUAACAAAGUAUCAGUUAAUACUAUCAGAAAUCUUUUACAGCUAUUUCUUUACCAAAACCUAUUUUCACAUCGAAAUAAGAUCUAUGUGAUAAAAAAGGGUAGUCCAAACACAAUGUCACUGAGUCAAACAUUGGCCAAUAUCUACUUAUAUGAUUGGCAACAGAGUAUAUUGAAUCAAUUCGAAUAUAAUCAAGAGUUAUUCGGCCGACAUAAAGAUCAGAUAUUUUUCACCUGGAAUAAAUCUUAUGACAUACUCUCUUCGUUUCUACAAUCUUUGAAAAACCAAAAGUCCAAUGUUAAUUUUCGAUUAUCUAUCGGUACAAAUGUACAUUACUUUAAUGCUUAUGUUGAAAACCAAAAUGGUCAACUAUACACACGAGUAUAUCAUGAUCCAAGGAUUCCCCGUUAUGCAUUGCCAUAUUUUACUGGUCAUUCUAAAGUACAACAUAGUAAUUGGCUUCGGUCGGCACUCCUUCGAGCCGUUUGUUAUUGUUCAAACGUGGAAGAUUUUCACCAAGAACGCAUCUAUCUUGAACUUACUUAUCUUGCCAAUGGAUAUUCAUUUUUCUUUGUAGAAAGUCAUGUGCAAAAUUUCUUUGACUAUUUCGAGACGAAAUCGAUGCGGUACCGUUCAGAUCAAACACGUUAUCAUUCAUUUCGUCGACAAUGGUUUGAUUUUCUUCACAUGCAAAAUAAACGUUCCGAACAACUUCAACAGUUGGAUGAUGAAAAUAAAGUAGUUCGUCUUGAUUAUUAUUAUGAUUACGGCCCACGAUGCGAAUUUAAUAAAUACUUUUAUCAACAAUGGUCGAACUAUUUUAAACCAACUUCAAAUCUAUCAACUGAGAAAAUGAAAAUUUUACUAUCAACUAAACAUGUUCAUUCACUCAAUGCCUUAUUAUGCUCUCGACUUUGA